AUGUUAGGGUUGACAAUCAGUCGGUUUGAUGAACUCCAGUCUGCGGUUUCGAACGGUGAUGUUGUGGCUGUUGGAAGGUUGCUAACGUCGUACAAUGUAAAUAUGGCGGAUAACGAGAGGCGGAUGACGUUACUAAUGUGGGCGGUGUGCUUUCAACAACACGAGGUAGCAGAGAUGUUAAUUCGGCUUGGUGCGUCACUUUAUCCUCGGGAUAUGUUCUCCUAUAAUGUUAUUCACCACGCAGCGUGGCAAGGGGAUGUAAGGAUGAUGAAGAUUUUACUUUGUUCUAUGAGCACUUCUUCUUCAAGUGAGGAUGAAACUUCCGAGUCCACAUCAUCGCGAACUGACACAUUUCGCUUUAGACCAGGGGUACGAUCGUUGGUUGACCUACCGCAUCCUUACAACGGAAGAACACCGCUAAUGUUUGCUGCCCUUAAGGGGAACGUAGAGAUGGUAAAUUUUCUUAUUACGCAAGCUGGUGCCGCCAUUGGUGCAAAAGACCUUGAAGGGAAUUCGGUCAUGGAUAUAGCUGCUCGCAUUGGACAAAAGGCUGUUGUGACUCUACUACUUUCGAAGUGCAAUGACGACGAGGAUAUGUGUUUCAACAAGGCUAGACGAAGUGCUGAGGAUAACUGUGAAAAUGCGUCGACUUUACAACAGUUGAAUGAGUUUAAUGACCUUAAAACCACCCUAUGCCAGGAUUGGCUUCCUCAAUCGUUGGUUUCUUUAUCAUGA